AAAAGCGCGUCGCCGUCGGUCCGAGAUUUUCUUUCCGCUUGCACCGGGGAAGACAGCAAGAGCAGGACGACGAGCGCAGCAUGAACGACCGAUUGACGACGCAUGAAGAUGCUGGCGAAGGACCCCAGGUAGAGGGACAUGCAUCGGCGUCAACCGCCGGCAGCAUCGACCUCAACGUCAAGACCCUCGACCACCGGGUCUACCGCGUGAACCUCCUCGCGUCGUCGUCCGUGCCACAGCUCAAGCGCAAGAUUGAGGACGAGACAGGCGUCGUCUCGGACCGCCAGCGCCUCAUCUUCCGUGGGAAGGUCCUCAAAAACGAGCGCGAUCUGGCGUUCUAUGCGCUUGAAGAUGGACACACGUUGCACCUCGUGAUCCGGCCUUUGGACGCAGACCAAGCAUCGGCCACGCCCGAGCAAGCACCACAGCGUGCACCGACGCCAUCGCCGACCGCAAGCAGCACCUCGUCGACGAACGACGAGCCGGACCCGUCGUUGCUCAACCCAUCGGCAAACACUGGUGGUUUGCCGAUGAACCGCGUGCUCAUGGGUGCAACGAUCACGCUUCCGGAGGGCCAGCGGGGCAUGCCCUUCUUGCAGUCGAUCCUCUCCAACAUCAUGAGCACAGUGCAAGGACUGCAGGACGAGAACGGCGAGGUGCCACAACAGGAACCGGCGCAUGCCCCGCAAGAAGCCCCGCGGGCGCGCGGGCGCCCUGCGAGUGCUUCAACCCUCGAGCGGGUCGUCCGACGUGCAUCGAGCAACCGCUCCCGCGCCAGCCGCCUCGAAAGCACGCUGCGUACGAUCUCGCAGUACUUGGACAACGCAGAAACCGCCUUUCCGACGAGCGUGACCGACGCCACGAACAUGCCGGCGCUGAACGACGCCGACUUUGAGACGCUUCGAGACCAACUUGCUUCGUACGUGGCGCUGCUCCAGCGCUUCCAGCCGCAACUGGCGCACAUCCCGACCACGUUGCAGCAGCUUCAUGCGCUCCGUGAGGACCGCGCGGCUCAAGGCCCGUUGGUGGUGCCGUUCGUGCGUGCGAUCGAGACGCUCCAAGCGUUUGGCGAUCUCUGCAAGCUGCUUGCGCUCAUGAGCCGUCGCCUCUUUCUGCGCUUCCACAGCACGGACGCCUUCAACCCAACGUCGGCCGACCAGCCCAGCGCUCCCGAAGCGCCGGCACCGCCAAACGAGAACGCGCCGACCGACGAGACGCGGGCGCAGCGCAUGUCGCAGCUGUACUCGAUCAUGAUGAACCAACUCGGCGGCGGUUCGGCCGCCACGGGCGAUGCCAAUGGUAGCAACAACGGCCCGAGCAUUGUGCAGGCGCAGAUCCCGCUACCGGCCGGGCUCCUUCAGCAGCUUCGCGAGAGCCUCCCCGAAGGCGCCGACCACGACCAUUUCGAAUUUGAAGCAACAAUUCCGAUUUGGCAAGUCAUCCCGAUGCUCCAGCCGACUCCGACCGCGGCCCCGCAAGAGGCCGCUGCCGCCCCUCCUGCUGCUGUCGCUGCGCCACCAACGUCGCCGCAGUGGGACUUUGAGGGCUUUGCGCAGUUUCUCAUGGUCGAGGUGCCGGCGUACGAGCUCUACGGCCUUUUGAGCGGCCAGCGCGCGAGCCUUCAAGCCAUCCUCCGCCGCAUUGGUGCGCGCAUGUUGGAAGGCCCCGAGAUGCCGCCGAUGGCGCCGGGCAGCAACCGUGAGUGGUCGACUCGCUUUAUCAACGCACUUCGGGAUGCGGUCGGGCGCGGCCCGCGGUUCCCGUCGCCCGUCUUCCGCACGAACGUGCUCUCGGAGCUCGUCGAGCGAGUCUCGCCGUUCAUCCCGGAGCUCAUCCACCUCUGCAUUCGUGCGACGACGGUCACCACGUCGCAUACGCACGCGUCGGCCGUCGCGUUUAUGGACACGGUGGUCGACUUUCUCGGGCACAUGGCGCGCCAGUUUGUGACAGACCUGCGCUCGUUGCUCGUGGAUGCAACAACGCCGACGGCGACGGCCCUCGAGCGCGUCCUCAACCACUGCGGUGUCCACGGUCCAUUUGCCGCCUUUGCGGUCGACGCGUUUUUGAAUUGGCCCGCGGUCGGUGCGUCGCGCCGCCGCCCGGCCGAGACGCCGUCGGCGCCAGAUGCCAAGCGGCCGCGCCGUGCGUAGGCGACAUUGGUAUUUUAUAAUAAUUUAUCUUUUCGAGAUGCAACGCGC